AUGAGCUCCCUCUUCAGCAACAGCGAGACGGAGAUUGCGCUCAAGGCUCCCUACGUGCUGAAGGGCAUGCUGUGGCGGGGCUUCACGACCAUCCGAGACGUGGGCGGCGCGACGAAGCACUUUGCAGACGCGACGGAGCAGUGGCUUACGCCUGGUCCGCGAAUCUUCCAGGGCGGGCCGAUCAUGUCCCAGACCGGCGGACAUGGCGACCUGGGCACCGGUGCAUGCUGCAGCCCGCCUGCGAUGCGCAUCGCAGACGGGGUGGACGAGUGCACCAAGGUGGCGCGCACGCUGAUGAAGAACGGCGCGGCCCACAUCAAGAUCUGCUCGUCUGGCGGAGUGUCGUCGCCGACCGAUAAGCUGGAGAGCUCCCAAUUCACCGUGGCGGAGAUCAAGGCGAUCUGCGACACGGUGCGGGCCAUGGGUGGGUGCGGCGUCGCGAGCCACUGUUUCACGGUCGAGGGAGCACGGAACGCGAUCGAGGCCGGCGUGUGGAGUAUCGAGCACGGCAACCUGCUCGACGAGGAGACGCUCGAGCUCAUGGCCAAGAGGGGCGUGAACCUCACGCCGACGCUGGUCGUUUGUGAACUCAUGAGCCGCCCGCCGUACAAUGCCCUCAUUCCGCCGAGCUCGCGCGAGAAGCUCGCCCGCGUCAAGAAGCAGGGCUUCACUGUUCUCAAGGCGGCCGACAAGGCGGGCGUCAACAUCGCCUACGGCACUGACUGCUUCAGCAGCAUGCAGCCUGGUCAGUUGACUGAGUUUGAGCUCCGCGCCCAAGUUCUCCCGAGCGCAAAGGUGUUGCAGCACGCUACGGUUAACGCCGCCCGCGUGCUCAAGAUGGAGGGCAAGAUCGGCGUCAUCAAGAAAGGCGCGGCGGCGGACCUCAUUCUGCUCAAGGAGAACCCGCUCGAGGACGUCGCGAGCCUGAACCGGCCGAAGGAGAAUCUCCGCGCCGUGAUCAAGGACGGCCGCUGCGUCCGCAGCUCCGUCAAGGGUCUCCGCGUCGAGGUGCCACUCGUCUAA